AUGUUGAUAUUGUCUAGCGUGUCUACCCGAGGAACUGCUGGACUGGUGAGCAUCGUGGGCCGCGGAUCUCAUUCAAAUCUGUCGGCCAUCAGGCAACCAACGCCUCGGCCCCAGAAGUCUGAAGCCGCCCCUCUUUCAACGCGGCUAUCGCGAGGUUCAGCUGGUCAAUAUUAUUACAACGCGUGGGGGGUGGAGGGUGCUUCGCAAGCAGCUGUGCCGUCGGAGUUGCUCCAGUCCAACCGCCUUGGUGACCUGUGGCCUGGUCCUGUUCAGCAACCCAACAAGAACCACUCACUGAACCGAGCCUCUUUUUACCAUAGCCUCCCACUCGACAAAAGCAAAAACCCCAACUCCUCCAACCCGCCAUUCUGGGGAGUUCCCCAAGGCCCUCUGACAUAUUCGAACGGGAGCCUGCACUUCCGUUUCAGCACGCUGGCAGAAAUGUCUGCAUCGCCAGACACAGGAGGGCUGCGCUCCCCAUUAAGGGUGGUGUCCUCGCCACCGCCUGCAACGGAUUCUGCCACUCUUCGGUCUCUUCGGCCCAGCUCAGUCAAGCGUGUCUCAUCAUAUUCCAUGCAUAUCCCAAGCUCAAGUGAUAUCGUGGGACCUUCGCCUGUUACGUCCAACGGUACGGAUAUAACCGAAAUCGAAGACGACGUGUCGGAGGAGGAGGAACAAGCCCACUGCUUGGACAGUUUACCGCCGUCGGGGCUGCUCAUGCUCACCACCACUCUUCCCGAAAAUGUCCGCCAAGCAAAUAAUGAGGAGGCUGUAUCUGUAAUUCAUGCCCCAGAAAGCUUUGCCAGCUGGACAUCUACCGGCUCUACCGCUCAACAAAGUGAACCUAGCGAGCGAUCCUUUGCAAACGCAGAUGGCAUGAGCGUGUCCGAUAUCGACGAAGCUGUUCUGCAAAAAGCAAUGUCGCAUCCUUCUCGCCCUCCAAUCUCUACAGACGUGAAGCCUGUCAGAUACAGCAUUGAGAGCGCCACGCCGAGAGCUCAGGAUCUCCAAGUCUUGUUGAAUGACGGUAGCAGAUUGAGAUCAAGUAGUGCUAGUAGCCUGGAAAAAAUCGAUGAGCAGGCGGAAGGUGACGACGACGGUGGUGGUUCCGGGAUGCCGUUUCUGCAAUCAGCCGAUGAUAAUAAAGUUGCCACAUUGAGAACAGCUUUGCAUGACUGCUGGACUCUUUGUAACACACUGGCUAGUCUCAGCGCCAUUCAUCGAACCCGAAUGUUCAACAGCUCCGGCACGCCAGAUGCCCGCGGAAAAGCAUGGAAAACUUGCUGGAAGCUUUGUCAACGUCUCCAUGCCAACCAGCAUGAGGAUCCGGCGUCUCCUAGUGUGCGGGAUAAUCUCGACUUGUGCCGCGACUUUUGCCAAGCUCUUUUCGAUAUUCGGCAGAAGAAGAAUGAAACUGCAGACUCUGUGCUCCGAGUGAGCUUUGAGCUGAGCAAUCAUCUCUACAGCGCCCAGGACAGCAGAAACCUCCCAGAGCUGUUCAGGGAGAGGACACUGGACUUUUACAUAACCCUCUGCCAUCGUCUGAUGAAGCAACGCAGUGAGCUGGCCGAAGAAACUGACCACCUGCUCGGCGCUUGCUGGACACUGGCCGAAAUGCUGUUUAGCCUGCGGCAGAACAGGAGAGGCGGCAAACCGCAGGACGAGGAACUGCUGCUCGGUUCGGCCGUGCAGGCGUGCUGGGACCUGUGCGACAUGUUCCGGGACGGUUGGACGCAGAUCCGACCCGAUCGAAACACGCCACGCCCGAGCCAGAUGAGCGUUUUCCUCCCGUCGCAGCCAAUCGAUCAGUCUGGUAGGGAGAGCAGGCAAUCUAACCACUCCUCUCCUCACUCCAAGCGGGACAGCGCAAAGAGCAGCCGCCAGGAAGAACGACCUCCAGUGCCGGAGACGCCCGUGACGGAGUUUGAGGACACGCCCAUCUCGCCAGCGAGUCGCUCGCCCCAGGUGCCCAAGACCAUGGUGCUGGGGACCACGUCUAGUGGCGGCGGCGGUCGCGGAGGCCGAUGGUCGAGCAACGCGUCCAGCAUGUCGAGCUACUCGAGGGGCAGCAGCAGGACGUCAAGCACGGCAACUACAGGCGCGGCGAAAGAAGACGCCAACAUGUCCCGGUCCAAGGCGCUCAUCCUGCGGGCCGCCAUGAACGCGGGAUUCAACCGCGACACCCUUGCCGACCCCAAGGCCGAGCCUGCCACUUUGCAAAAGUUUGUUCAGGGGCUGCCAGCAGGCUCGUUUGGCUCUCUGCCCAGUCACGCCACGCUGCUCCAGCAGUACGCGAGCUCUGUCCUCGACGACGAUCUUGGCAUUGUCGCGGGAACCCACCUUCUCCCGGCUCGGGGCAAGCGCGUCACGGCUCCGGAUAUGGCGCGGAGCGUCGCGGCAGUCAGCAACAGUUCGCCACGGCACGCGUACCUGCGCGACCUGUUCAAGCUUGUCUUUCAGUUCAGCAUGGACGAGGCAGACGCGCGGAGAAACGUCAGCAUUGUCGUCUAG